UUCGUAUCUUUGCAUGUUUUGGUUUUGGUUUUCUAUACUUACAGAAUCAGCUGAUUAUGUAAAGGGCGUGUAGUUUGUUUAGAGUUGCAAAAUUGUUUCGUUAGAAGUGCCGUUCUCAAAGUUAAAAUGUUCUAAAACGAAUACAAAACCGUCAUAGAACACGAAUAUCAUAUAAUCACACUAAACACGACAAAAUGUCCCGCUAUAGUAUGCUUAACCCGCUAUGGUACUAUCGGAACGGAUACGGAUUGCAAAAUUAUAUACCCACAUUCGCUAGGGCUUGUCUAUUCUCCAGCGAUUCGUCGAGCAACGGAGAAAGUGGUGCCGGGAAAGGAUUCGUUCGGAACACUACGAUUCUAGUACAACAGGGUUGCGAUAUACAGGAGCUGCCUGUCGUAGUUCGUAAGGUAGCGGAGGAUGAAUUUGUGUCAUUUAUUUCCAACAAAAUACUCGAAAAUUCACACGAUGAUACUCGAGCAAAUACGACUCCAGCAAAUAAGAGUCCAAGCAAAGAUGAUGCCGAAAUUAAUGAGACUUUCACUGCGAUCGAUGCAUGCCACACCGCAAAGGGAGUAUGUUCGGUUAUGAAAGUGCUGGGUGAGGACAAAAUGACAGUGAAGAUGGCUGUGUGGGCACUGGAAAAGAUUUUGAAAAUUGAAGGUUUGUUGGAACUGAAAAAUUUAGAUGGUAAACCGGAUUUUGACAGAAUCGUAAACUGCAUUAUUUUUCGCGGUGAUAAUCAGACGGUUUUGGACAGUUUAGACGGUUUGAGAAACUAUCUGGAACUGGCCAAGACGAUAGAUAUGCUUGGAAAUGAAUUGGUAUACCGAUGCUCGGAAAACAAGCUCACUGUUGAACAAUGCUGCGAGGCAAUCGAAAGCUUGACUGAAUGUCGCCGGUAUGAUAUGGUGGAAAAAUUUUGGAAUGGACUAGCUGACCAGGAAAAGCAGAUAAACGAUAAAAAUAUUCACAAGGUGUUUUCCAUAUUGCCGUAUUUGAAAAUUAGUAGAAGGGCGGUUCUGAAUGUUCUGGAGCGAAGAAUACCUUCUGUUUGGUGGCAAAUGACGGCCAGUAGCACAAUUGAUGUUCUUCAAUCGAUGGAAAGCUGUAAGAUGUCUUCGUUCAGAAUAACACAAACGUUAGCUCGAUGGUUGAAUACAAAUAUUCAUGCCGUUAGCGAAAAUCAAUUGGAAUCGGUGUUGGAAUCUUUCACCAACCUCGGCUAUUCCGAUAAUCAAAUUGAACGCGCAAUCGAGCGGUAUGUAAAAGCAAAAGGUAUUAAGAUCACAUCGCAAAGCCUAAUCGUGACGGUGCUAAAACAUUGUAAGAUUUUUCGCCUUAGAAACCCUCACAUUCUGAACGGUUGCAGUGAAUUUUUCAUUGCCAAUUUUCAGAACUUGGACCCAGGUUAUCUUCAAUCAAUUAUCUGUCCAUUCGGCUGCCUAGACUACCAUCCGGUGAAUAGUACUAAAUUCUGGGAAACAAUGGACAUGUAUUUGGAUUUGAAUUUUAGCAAAAUUCAUCCAAUGGAGAUCAUCGAUAUAAUGUUUUGCUACGUUAGUCUGGAGCGGUAUCCACUACACCUAGUCAAUCGCAUCUUUAAUCCCUAUUUCCUUGAUGUAUUGCACGCCCGUACCCGCCCCGAACGUUUGGAUCGUGUCCGUAGUAUCCUGAAAAUUUUUGAUACAAGUUUAACCCUGGAAUGUCCUGACUAUGAUGGACCUCUGUUGCCCCGGGAUCAUUCCGCCAAAGCAGUGUUUCAUGAUGGCCGCAUUAAACGAAUCGUGAACUACAUUUUACCUGAGCUGGAAGAUUUGGCAGGUGGACCAGAAUGUGUCACUAAAUUUACUGUCCUACAGCAUCUUCCGGUGAACGAACUCCACUUAAUUGAUGUUCUGUUUCAUCCCGCUGGUAUGGGGAACUAUUAUUCGCUGAAUCCUAUAAAAGAACGCAACAUCAACGUAGCAGUAUUAAUUCACCUACCGGAAUAUUUUAACAAUACGGGAGAACAUUUAAUUGGACCACAAGCGAUGAGAAUCCGACACCUGCGGCGAAUGGGACUCAAGGUGGUUACUCUCAGAUUUGAUACACUUCACAAGCUGAAGAUACACCCGAAAGAACUGCGCACGUAUCUGGUCGAGCGACUGAAGCAAGCCUAUGAGGCAUUACCACCACCGAAAGGUCAUGCACAAAGCGAUUCGGACGACGGAAAUUGAACGGAAUAGUGAUUGAAGUUGCGAUGACGCGUACUGAAUAUUGGUGAUACAAUUAGAGAUAAUUUGGCACUACUGAUCUCCCCUACAACUGUGUUAAAUGUAGUUGAUUAGUUCGGAUAAUGUGCGCAUAUAAAAUUGUAGGCUCAAAUUUAAUUACUAUAAACGAAUAAAUUUUUUUGGCUUUGUUACACUACAA